AUGGGCUUCUGUCGGAGAUGCGGGAAUAUUGUCAUAGGAGAACGGUGCCAAUGUGGUGGCACAGCAGUUGCCCCCGUAGUACAAUGGGCAAAUUCCAAAGAGCCCGCUGAAGACAAAUGGUCUCAGACUUAUGUCUCUCGUGAGAGGUCUCCGAGUCGACCUCCCAGCCGCGCACAACCACUCAACUCCGACUCCACCUUCUCGACUGCCAGCAGAAGUGUUACUCCAAAUGCCUCAUCUUCGCCCCUGAAACGUCUACCUCGAAAGAACUCUGUAAUUGACACAUCUUCUCCUUUCGGAAACCGCACCUCUUUACACUUUGGAUCAAGUACAUCGCGACCUGCCUCACCACUGAAGCACUCAGUGUCGUUAAGUAACAUCCAUCACGAAACCCCUCCAUCACCAACAACUAUCUCUGCUGCUGCAGGAAUCCUUCCUUCCCCAUACGCACCUGAACUCUCCAAAGCAUAUGGGUCAGUCCUUCAGCCCAAAGAAUCCCUUGCGUCCUACUGCUGCGCUAUCUGCUCCGCUGAAUUCCCACCAGAUGCAACCAUAUACCCAGACCCUUCGGCUCCUGCAAUGGAUACAGACCGAUUCCUGUGUCGACAGUGCUUCGUCAAGAACGGCGGAUCCAAAGGCGACUGCCCUUCGUGUGAUCGCCCAGUGCUCAUCGUGAAGAGUGAGGGCGGUUUCGUAGAAACUUCAGGACGUGUUUGGCACAAGAGAUGUUUUCGUUGUGACGGGUGUCACAAAAACAUUGGCGACACUCCCAUGGUCGAUCUACUAGGUCGACCAUCCUGCGCAGACUGCUUCGAAAGUUGCUUGAGGAGGGAUAACACGCCUAGCAAACCUCACAAAUCUCCUGGAAUAGAGCGAAUAGAGCGAAGCCACUUGAGCAGCUUUCGCGGAGACUCGACGAGCAGGCAAGGAAGCCCUGCAAUCGACGAACUAGAACAGCGACUUGGAAUUAUGAAGAGUAGAGAAGGUAGCCCUGUGAUGGAAGAGCUCACGGCACGCUUAAAUGCAGUCCUCAAUCGCACACCUUCCAAAGAUGCCUCUCCGACACCAAGUGCCUCAACGUCGCGUUAUGCCAAUGAAACUUGUUGGGGAGAAAGUCCGAUUCCUGGUCGCAUUCCAGAGAGGAAGCUGCCCCAAACAUUCUCUCCGAUGGGGUCACUUGCCUCUGCUCUCAACGGCGUCGAUGUCAGCAACAGCUCGCCACGAACUGAUUUUUGGCAAAGCAGAAGUCCGGAUGCUGGUGAACGCAGGACGACACCUAGCAGAACCGUUCGCGAACGGUUUGGGACUCCAGAGACAAACUCCAGUCCCUCGUCAGGGCGACCCUCUGCUGAAGCAAUUGAAGAGAUGAAGCAGCGAUUUUUGCCACAAUCACCUUCGUCGCCUGGCACACGAACAAAUUCGACCGUCGCGUGUUCGUCAUCUUCGCCUUCAUUCUACAACAAUUCUCCUGUCGCAAAAUCCCUGGAGGGAUCGCGAAUUCCGCUCUCGAGACGUUCUCGCGGUUCUCCAGCGCUUCGCAGUGUAGCUAGCACUUCAAGCCUGUCGUCUCCGCGCCUUUCCUGGGCUCCAUCUACACCGGAAUUGAUGUCCGAUAUGUCAGACGUUACGACAGAAUCUUCGUCUCCGCCUCCAUCUUCUCCCCUGCCCUUUAGUCCACCGGCGCGCCAUGUCAAUAUCUUUGGCAGUGGUAGCACACUUUACUCGCCUGACGAACCCAGCGACUCUGUUGAGUCAGAACAUGACACUCGGGGGAUUAAUUCAACGCCGACACCAAAGUCAGCCAAAAACGCACUCAGACGAUUCUCUAUCCCUGCUACUAUCCUAUCACCCGACUCGCUGUGCGCGAAGUGUGGGGGUUCUCUUUCGACAAGCAGAGCUGCAGGCCAGUUUGUCACCGUCCCUGAAGCUAAUGCCGCAGGGCCACCGAAAUCUUAUCACCCCGAGUGUUUCAGAUGCGUGAUGUGUGAUGGCCCCUUUAAGGUGUCUGGGAUCGGCCAAGCAGUCUUUGCCAGAGGGGAAGGUGGGGCUUGUCAUGUGGAAUGCGCGCCUCCUGAAAGGGCUCAGGUCAGAUCUACUGCUGUUUCAGGUUCAAUCGCAUCACCAUUCCCUUUGUUGCCGUCGCCCCCUUCGCCGUCAGAAUCACGCAGGGGUAUCGAUCGGCCGACGGCAUCAAGUGCCGCGAGGACCGUCACUCGAGCCUCAACGGCAGCCAACACCAGUCUCUACUCAUCAUCUCGUCUGGAAAGAACAUCACAAUCUGGAACUUCAGUAUCGACAACGUCCCCUCGUUUCGGCAGCUCGACGACGUGCCCGGCAUGUUCCAAAUCCGUCUCUCCGAUGGAGAUGGGCGUAGUGCCUGGUCCCCAAGGUUCCAGAUGGCAUGCGUCCUGUCUUGUGUGUGGGGGUAAGGGGGUGAACAAAGGACGACGUGACAAAUCACAACCUGGUUGCGGCAAGAAGCUGGACUCUGCUGCAAAACGAGACAGUGAAGGGGGUGUCUGGUGCAGGGAAUGCCUCCUUCUGCUACCUGCGAAUCUGAGAAGCCCUCAAGCAGAAUCGCACACCAAACCACUUGUACAAUCACUGACGGGCCGCAGCGUAGGCGGCGGCUCCUCUGCUUCUAGAGCUGUUCAGCCUCAGUUCACGGGUACUACGACAAUCGCACGUCAAUUUACUGGGCUACGUGGCGGUGACGCAGCGGUUGCGAGACAAUUGACCGGCGGUGGGUUAAGUCCAACGAAACAGUUGGGUACUGCCACGCCUCGCCCCAGACCAAAGAGCGUGAUUGGUAUGAGAAGUGGACAGAGCGUGGAUGAGGGUCGGGGGAUGUUCUUGGUCCGGCAAAUGACUAGUGGAGGAAGUUCAUUUGGUGUAUAA